AGCAGGACGAAGGGGGUUUGGCAGAACCUCACCCCAAUGAGGCGCUCAGAGCCGGUGUGUGACAGGUUUCUACGCAGUGCGAAGCUUCCUACCGUCCAGCCUGUCGGACAGUGACACAUUUACGAAAGUUUCCUUUUCCAGUAGCCGCUUAGUAAACGAGAUAGUUUACUUGUUCUGCAAAAGUUGGACUCUCGAAGCGCGCCAUGAUUCCCGAAUGCCCUCGCGCCGGGGACAUGAGAAGCAAAGCCCACUUCCAGAUGAACCCAAGUCCGGUUCCUGUCGCAAGAGGACCGAGCCACGCUCACCCCGACAGCGGCUUGCUUUCGGAAAUCCAAACCUCCAUUAGGAAGGAACCUUUCAGUGUGCACUACACAGUCACCCCCGGCAGAGAACUGGGCAGGGGGAAGUUUUCCGUGGUUAGAAAGUGUAUAGAGAAUUCCACGGGGCGUGAGUAUGCUGCAAAGUUCUUACGGAAGAGGCGGAAAGGACAGGACUGCCGGAUGGAGAUCAUCCAUGAGAUUGCAGUGCUUGAGCUGGCCACAGCUAGUCCACGCAUGGUCAAACUCCACCAGGUCUACGAGAUGGCCUCAGAGAUGGUGCUUAUUCUGGAGUUUGCUGCUGGAGGAGAGAUCUUCAACCAGUGUGUGUCAGAUCGUGAUGAUGAGGCCUUAAGUGAAGAAGAUGUGAAGAGACUAAUGAGACAGAUCCUAGAAGGAGUCUCCUUCUUUCAUCACAACAACGUGGUUCACCUGGACCUGAAACCUCAGAACAUCCUGCUGACCAGCAGCUGUCCUCUGGGGGACGUUAAGAUUGUGGACUUUGGGCUGUCCAGGAGGGUCAGCAGCCACCAUGAACUCAGGGAAAUAAUGGGAACCCCAGAGUAUGUUGCUCCUGAGAUUCUCAACUACGAGCCUAUAAGCACUGCAACAGAUAUGUGGAGCAUUGGAGUUCUGGCCUAUGUGAUGCUGACAGGAAUCUCUCCGUUCCUUGGCAACAACAAACAGGAGACGUUUCUCAACAUCUCUCAGUUGAAUGUAAGCUAUGGAGCCGAGGAGCUGCAGCAGCUGGACCAGGACGCGCUGUCCUUCAUCCAGAUGCUGCUCCGCAGACAGCCACAAGAGCGGGCCACAGUGGAACAGUGCCUUACACACCCCUGGCUUCAGAGGACAGGCCCCCAGAGACCCAUGAUGGAGGAGGAGAUGCUCCCAGUACAGGAUCCAGAGACACCCAGCAUUACCAGCAGCUCCACCCGCAGUGCACCACCUGCCAGCAGCAGCAGCAUAGCUGAGGAAGAGGAAAGUGAGGAAGGAGAGGCAGCAAUGACGGAGGAGCUGAUCAUUCUGGCUGCCUACACCCUGGAUCAGGGCCACCAGACUUCCAGCUCAACCUCUAAGGAGGUGAUGCUGGCUGCAGACCAGAAGGCGAUCUCACAACGCUUCAGGUUUGAGAUCCUUCAGCGUCCUGGAGAGAGACUGCAUCUACUGACCCCCACCAGCACUCACAUCUAGAAAACAGCACAUACACUAUUUAAGCUGUUUGAUUUUAAUAAUGUUCCUUUAUGUACAUUUAUUUCUUCCCAUAAUGCGUUUUAGUUCUCCUGCAGCAGCUAUUGUUGCUUGAUUGUCAACAUUGCUUGAUUGUUAAAUUGUAUUUUUCUACCCGGAUCCAGACCAAACAAAGACUGAACAGUUUCAGGCUGAUCUCUCUGUGGGUUUUCAUGAGAGACAAAAGCCUAGAACUAACAGGCACUUCAAGUACAACUCAGUGACCGUUUGGACAGACUGCUGUCCAAACAGAGAAUUCAGAACAAUGGUUGGAAGAAUUUCACAUGAAAUGUAGAAUAUUUGGGUUUAAUGUUUUCAUUCAUUAUUCAUUUGUGCCAACUCCACAUUCACUUACCACCAGCAGGUUGUGUAGAUAUUAAAGGACAUAUGGUAAUAUGCUGGAAGCAUCUGUUACUUUAAACAGUGGAGAACUAAAAGCAACCACAAAUUCAGCCAUAAGAUGUAAAAUUUAAAUCUUUUAACAGAGGGACCUUCAGUCACGCAGGCAGCGCCUUGGAAACAGUCUGAGUCUAGAACCAGGAGUUUCUUCCUCUCCUGCUGCUGCUGAGCUCACCCACCUUGGGAUUCAUGGUCUCAGAAUGUCUCACCAUGAAUGAGUCAAACUGGCUGGAAGAGCCCCAACUGUUAGCAUGUAGCUACAUCACCUAGCAACAGCUACAAAUACACUAAUGAGUCCCAGAAAGGGUCACGAGGGUGUUGGUGUAUCCAGCUUUGGAUGGACCCCAUGAAGCUUUAGGUACGGAGCCCUCUAGGGGACAUGGGGAAAAUAUUUUCUUUCGCGUUCC